AUGCAGCUUCUGUCAUCAACGGACACCGUGGCACCUGAUACUGAAGAGACUAGACGUGCUCUAAAGUCUAAACAUCACACCACACCCAACAACAAACAGCAAAGUCCCUCCAAAGAAAGCUCAAGCUUGUGCGUUACAUCUCAACAAGUACUGGUUUGUUUAAAAACUUUCCCAAAGGGAACAUCAGGUGGCAGUGACGGCCUUACGCCGGAGCAUCUCAAAGACCUCACAUCUUCAAAAACAGAUUCGAUUGAUCUCAUCAACUCAAUCACUGCAUUUAUCAACAUGAUCUUAAAUGGUGAUUGCCCACCUGAUGUGGCCCCAUACUUUUUUGGCGGAAGGCUGGGGACGCUGCCUAUAUGUGUUGGUGGCCUGGGUUUGGGUUCCGCGGCUGAGCUGGCACCUUCUGCCUUUUUGGCUUCUGCUGCUGCCACGGUGGCCCUCCAGGAUCUGAUGUUGCCGAGGGAUGGGAUUUAUGUCGAUAACUUCAGAAUGCAAGUAUACGACAUGUGGCGCGCCACCAACGGAGAUGUGGCUGGUAUCCCGGUUAUAAAAGAACCCAUGGGUUUGAUAGAGGAAGGAGCCUUUAGGCCUGAUGGUUACACUAUCACCCCAUGGGCUCAGGGACGGUCCCUGGCUUGGGACGUUACCUUACCCCACACCAUGGCUGACCGAUAUAUCGGCUACACUUCAGUUGAGGCGGGCACUGCUGCCCUUAAAGCGUCCGAUUUCAAAAAUGAAAAAUACGUUUCAUUAAACAAUUUAAGCAAAAUAUUUCAACCCAUUUGCAUUGAAACGUUCGGACCAACAGAUAAGCACACAUCAUUAUUUAUUAACGAAUUAACAAGAAAAAUAGUUAAUAUAACGGGUGAUCCUAACGAAGGCAAUUAUUUAAAACAAACUCUUUCACUUUUAUUACAAAAAUUUAAUUCCUUUUGCAUUCUGGAUGGAGCUGCUAGAUACCUGACAUUCUUAAGAUCCGGUUUUGUGGAGGUCGAUGGUCGCCAAUGUCCUGAAAGGAUAAGGCACGAGAAAGAAGAAGGAGGUGGUGGUCUUAACAAUGAUGUAGAGAUAGUAUAG